UUAUCUCUCGCCUCUCUUCUCUAAUCUUCCUACUAGCCGAGUGCGAAUGUGGCUCUAUGGGACUCAAAACUGAUGGGGUCCGGCUCAUAUCUCUUAAUCACUCCCACUUAUACCGUCAACUCCUUAUGAUUACAUACUAUAAUGGAUUCCGACCCCUCUGAUAAUAGAGGACCCGAAGUCCGAGCAUUCGCUAUUGCUGCUAUUGUGAUCAUAGUGGUCGCCAUCGGUUUGCGUUUCUAUUCGCGUAGUUUACACAAACUCGGAGAGAACCAGUCGGCUGGCUUCUGGUGGGAUGAUUGGUUGGUAUUGAUAUCGGCGAUCGGUGCGAUAUGCGAAUCCUCCCUCGUAUUUACUAUCGUGAAGAGUGGAGGAGAUCGUCAUACUUCAACGCUCGACCCCGAAUGCUACUCGAACGUACUGAGGCUUCUCUAUGCAAUGUUCUUCCCAUUCGAUUUUUCUUUAGCCUCAGCCAAGGCGUCGGCAUUAUUAUUCAUGCGCCGCGUCUUUCCCCCGUGUGCGACGCCGACGUGGUUCAGCGUCGCCUUAUGGAUAGCACAUGUACUGGAUAUUGUUUGGUACAUCGGCGUCAACAUCUCGAGGCUUCUAUUCUGUCAACCCAUUGAAAAGUUUUGGAAUCCACCGUUACCUGGACAUUGUGGUAGCGUGAACAACCUCUUCGUCAGUGGUGUUGUAGCAGUGUCUACCGGACGUACGGUAAUCACUCUAACAUCAGAAAGCGCUAUUCAGCAAGAUUUCACUUACGCCGUAGACAUACUACUGCGGCUGUUAACCGAAGCUCCUGUUGCUAUCGUUCGCGUCUCGAUCCCCGCCAUGUUGUCUUCAGCUUUGCAUAUUGGCGACACAGGAGUCGGGCGCCUUGUCAAACCUUGUCAAACCUUGUCAAAAGGUGGACUUCUGGAACCAUCCGGCCCUCGAGUCGUGACUACCUAGAAGAGGUACACUCAGAGUCUAACCAAUCUAACAGUGAGCCCCGUGAUACGUACAAGUUUCGCGGCGUUG